UUCACAUACUGGUGAGUCUUGAGUCUGUCAACGGCCCAAAAGUUAACGCCUUUUGUUUUUGUUUUUGGCUUCUUCAGCCGAAGGCCAGCAAAUUCUACUCUUUGUUCUCACUUCUUUCUCUUUGACCCAUUGCCCAACUCCAUUCCAUUUCACAACUGGGUUUUCCUUUUCCUUUUCCUUUUCCUUUUCUGUUUGUCAGUUUCAACAUUUUAUUCUUUUGUUUUUUGUUAAUAUUUGUAUUAUCUGUGAGUGGUGGCAAAUUGAGAGCAACAGGUACCGUUAAAGUAAACUCUUACUUUCUUUUUGGGGUUCCUCAAAAUCCAUUUUUAUUUUUGGCUUUUGGGUUACAGAGAGGGAACACUCUUCUCUGAAAAGCUCUCUCCUUUUCUUGUAUUUCUAGUCUUCUUCCAGUCUCUAGUUUGGGAGUGCUAGGGUUUUUGGUUUGCUUUGGUCUGAAUUGGGAAGUUAUGGUGAGAAAACAUGGAUGGCAACUACCUGCUCACACCUUCCAGGUUGUCGCUAUUACCGUAUUCUGCUUGUUAGUGGUUGCGUUCUAUGCUUUCUUUGCGCCUUUCCUUGGAGGCCGUAUCUGGGAAUAUGUUUUGAUUGGAAGUUACUCUCCAGUGGCACUGCUUGUCUUCAUUCUUUACGUUCGAUGCACUGCAAUAAAUCCCGCAGAUCCUGGCAUUAUGUCCAAGUUUGACAAUGGAGCAACAAAUAGUAUCAAUCCAAAUCAUAGGUUAUCAGCAAAAGACUUGCCUAGAAAAUUUGAUGAAGCCACCACUGGGCAUUCUUCUCCAUCAUCAGUUUCCAGAAGUUCUUUAGCAGGAGCUAACUCUAGUAGGAAAGGCUCAGUAGGAGAACUAGGGGGUGUAAAUAUUGUAGCAGAACCCACAACCAGGAAAUGUUGCAUAGGUGGAAUCUUCUGUGCAUUGUUUGUACACGAAGACUGUCGCAAACAACAGGAAGGUGCAGCUGAGAGUCAAGGUGGUGAAGAUGCUUUGUUCUGCACAUUGUGCAAUGCUGAGGUCCGCAAGUUCAGCAAGCACUGUAGAAGUUGUGAUAAGUGUGUGGAUGGCUUUGAUCACCACUGUCGGUGGCUUAACAAUUGCGUGGGACACAAAAAUUAUGUGACUUUUAUCUGUUUGAUGGCCACCAGUCUUGUUUGGCUUGUCAUUGAAGCUGGAGUUGGUAUUGCUGUCCUUGUGCGUUGCUUUGUUAAUAAGAGAAGCAUGGAGGCAGAAAUUAUUGAUAGACUUGGAAAUGGUUUCACUCGUCCCCCGUUUGCAACAGUUGUGACUGUAUGUACAGCAGUUUCUGUGCUGGCAUGUGUUCCGCUUUGUGAACUAUUCUUCUUCCACAUGAUACUAAUUAGGAAGGGUAUUACAACCUAUGAAUAUGUUGUGGCAAUGCGAGUCAUGAGUGAGGAACGUGGACAAUAUGUAGAUGAGGCUUUCAAUAAUUUUGCGAACUCUUUUCGGAACUCCCCAACAGGAUCUGCUACAACUGGCUUGAGUGGUGGGAGUUCUUUAGGUCUGCAAUACAAGGGUGCAUGGUGUACCCCUCCAAGAGUAUUUGUGGAUUAUCAGGAUGAAGUUGUACCACAUUUGGAGCCUGGAAUGGUCCCAUCAACUAUUGAUCCGGAUGCAACUGGAAUUACAGAAAGAGAGCAGAAAGGUCCUAAAAGGCCUGUUCGCAUUAGUGCUUGGCAGCUUGCAAAGUUGGAUUCCAGUGAGGCCAUGAGAGCAGCAGCCAAAGCCAGGGCAUCAUCCUCUGUACUACGACCACUUGAUAAACCUGACCUUGAACUUAGCUCAAGUGGCAAUAUGAGUGUGAGAAGUAGUGUAAGCACUGACACAGGGGCAAAUAAAGAGAUUAAGAACGAGUUGAGGUUGUCAAGAAAUUCCUUUGCUCCAAGUCAAGGUAGCCGAGAUGAGUAUGAAACUGGAACUCAAAGCAUAAGUAGCUUCAGUAGUCCAAGCCAUGUUCAUGAAGCGGUCACACUUAGCCCUCUACCACAGGGAGGUCUGGGACGUUUUAGUGCAGCCGCUUCAGUCCCCAGCUUAGUUCCUGACCGUCCAUUAACUUCCAAAGCAACAUUGCCUAAUGUCAGCUUGGGAUUUGAUGAAAAGAUUAUGUCGAGGGGAGGUACUACUGAUCCUUUGCUGCUGUCAGCUCCAGCUUCUUCUCUUUUCAGAGAUGUCAGAAGGACAUCCGUUGUUUGGGACCAAGAAGCAGGGAGGUAUGUCUCAGUUCCUGUAUCAGCUUCUGAAGCUCGAAACAGGUUAUCCACACAAACAGGUUUUCCAAAUCCUAAUGCAGAAACAAGCAGUUAUAGUAGAAGGCCAGUUAUUCCGCCACAGGAACCUUCAUCUUCUGCAGUGAAGACUCCAGUGCAACAAACAGAAAAACUGAUGUACACAGGGGAUUCUAUAUUCUUUGGCGGCCCGCUGUUGAGUGCACCAGUUAGGGAAAAUUUGAAAAAUGAAAGGGAUUUGGGUUCAAGAGAGGGCCAAGAGAGGGUGGGACUGAACUUGCCUAGGGAGUCUAGAUUCAGACGAGAUUCUGCCUCGAACCAGCUUCCUGUGUUUGUCCCAGGGGGUUUUGAGAACAACCCUUCUUUUGGUUCUGGUUUGAAGUAGUGUUACAUUUAUGGGCUGAAAGUUCUGACAAAUGCAUGUAAAUUUCAUCCUCCUCUUGCCAGGAUUGUGUAUUGGAGGAAUAUGCAAGUCUGAAACCAAUGAUGGGAGCUAAGCUUGAUCCCUUCGACCUGACUGCUUGAAAUUGUUACAAACAGAGUUCUCUUACAGGGUUGGAGCAGUUUCUUUGAUGAAAUUCCGAUUUAACGCACCGGCAUUAGCUGAGGUUUGUAAAUGAGGCGAUCUUAAGAAGUGUUUCUUGCGCUUUCUUGACAUUGUAGCCAAAGGAUUUGUCUAACAGAGCUCCAUUUAUACUCCGAAUAUUUUUUUUAUUAGCAAGGUAUCUUCCCACUAUUGAGCUGGAACAUGUAAAUCUAUCUUUUUAGAUUUAUCCCAUUUUUACUUCCUCAUCCUCAUUUGCUAUCGAACUUUGUUGAUGUUAUCAAAUCUCCAAAUCCCAUUGUUUUGGUUGCUUUGCUUUUA